ACUUCUUCUAGCGUGGUGUGGUGAGAGAAAAUUGGUUCUUGAAUGAGAGGAGAAGUGAGAACUACCAUUGUUUGAAUAAGCACCGCAUAGAUGGACCGUAUCAAUACUGUUAAAGAGUUACCUUUCCGAGUAGGGUUUACCGGGCACAGUGGUCAUCUUAGAAUCGAGCCACUUCCGCCGGUUGAGGGCUCUAACCCUCUCAACUUCCUUCCUGACUUCAUUCUGCCACCUGCUUUCCCAAGGGAAACGCCUGAAUCCGUGAAAGAGCAUAUAGAUGAAAAAUAUUUAUUUCCAAGGUUGGAUCCCGAUGAGUUUUCUCCAGAAAAGGCUGGAAAACAAUGGGAUUUUGACUGGUUUAGCAGAGCAAAGGUUAACCCAGAUCCUUCAUUGCCUCGUACAGUUGUAGUACCCGUAUGGGAAUUACCCUUCAGACGAAAGAAACCAGAGGUCGGAAUAUGGGAGCCCAAGUCAGUGGAGGUUGAUGUAUUAUUGGAACUCAGAGUUGGAGCCGAGGAUGCUGGUGCCUUGCCACGUAUGACUAGACCUCCAAAAGAUUUUGUGAAGGGUAGUCUGAAUAACCGUCCUUUUCCUCCAGGAGGUCUGAAUGACACUCAGUCUUUAGGAAGAACUCUCCCUACCGGUGCUUCCAAUGGUGAAUGGGUUUGGGAGUUAAUUAAUGGUGGUCCUGCACAGAAAGUUCCUCCAAGUUUUAAGAAAGGGUUGGAUGUUGGUGACCUUCAGGCACAUCCAUAUUCCUGGAAUGUCUAUAGCCAUCAAAAGGUUGCCAAAAUCUCAUCAGAUGACAAGCUGACUCAGUUCUCUGUACAAUUUGACGACCUAUUCAGGAAAGCAUGGGAAGAGGAUUCUACAGAUGUAGUGGAAGAUGAUGGGGGGCAUACAGGUUUACUUUGGGAAACAAAUGAAGGUAAUAUGCAGGAAAAAAUGGCUGAGGACCAUGAGGAAUCUGUUAAGCAGGAGCAGGUUGAGCUGGAACCAGAAGCUGAAAAGAUAAAUGUGCUUGAUGUUGGUAUUGCACACAAUGAUUCGUCUGUCUUGGACAAUAUUUUGUCAAUUGAGACUGAAGAAUCACAUGCUAGACUAAAUAAAAAUAAAGAUGCUGAUUCCCAGCGACAUAAAGAGGUCUGGGCUGUUCGUGGAAAUAGUGAAAGUAUUGCUGAUCAUUUUCAGGAACUUGUUCCUGACAUGGCACUUGAGUUUCCUUUUGAACUGGAUACAUUUCAGAAAGAGGCAAUUUAUCAUCUUGAAAAGGGGGAAUCAGUUUUUGUUGCAGCGCACACAUCAGCAGGGAAGACAGUUGUUGCCGAAUAUGCCUUUGCUUUGGCAUCAAAGCACUGCACGAGAGCUGUGUAUACUGCUCCUAUUAAAACCAUUAGCAACCAAAAGUACAGAGACUUUUGUGGGAAGUUUGAUGUUGGUCUUCUCACUGGAGAUGUUAGCAUAAGGCCCGAGGCUUCUUGUCUUAUCAUGACAACAGAGAUACUAAGGUCAAUGCUUUACAGAGGUGCUGAUAUCAUACGUGAUAUUGAAUGGGUAAUCUUUGAUGAAGUGCACUAUGUGAAUGAUGUUGAAAGAGGUGUGGUUUGGGAGGAAGUAAUUAUCAUGCUUCCAAGACAUAUCAACAUUAUCCUCCUUUCAGCUACAGUCCCGAACACCAUGGAAUUUGCUGAUUGGAUUGGCCGUACCAAACAGAAAAAAAUUAGUGUAACAGGGACAACCAAGAGACCUGUCCCAUUAGAGCAUUUGCUUUUUUAUUCGGGGGAAUUCUUCAAAGUUUGUGAAAAUGAAAAGUUCAUGCCUCAAGGCUGGAAAGAUGCAAAAGAUGCAGAAAAGAAAAAGAGUUCUAAUUCUAGUGUCAGUAGUCCUGGCAUGCAUCCUGUAUCUUCAGCCACUCAUGACACAAAAAAUCAAAUGCAUGAUAAACAUUCUGGUUCCAGAAAUCAUGGGAACCUUUCAGUAUCAGGCAAUGGCUUCCAAAAUAAUGCUAGUAAUUGGGGUUUUAAGAGAUCAGAAGCUUCUCCGUGGAUGUUGCUUAUUAAUAAGCUUGCAAAUAAAUCUUUAUUGCCGGUGGUAAUAUUUUGCUUCUCAAAGAACCGUUGUGAUAAGUCAGCUGAUUAUAUUACUUCACUUGACCUCACAAGUAGAUCUGAGAAAAGUGAAAUUCGAACCUUUUGUGACAAGGCAUUUUCACGGCUAAAGGGAUCUGACAAGAAUUUACCACAGGUUGUUAGAGUUCAACAUCUUCUCCGUAGAGGCAUUGGCAUUCAUCAUGCAGGACUUCUUCCAAUUGUUAAAGAAGUCGUUGAAAUGCUUUUCUGUCGUGGCGUGAUUAAGGUUUUGUUUUCAACAGAGACAUUUGCAAUGGGUGUUAAUGCUCCAGCUAGGACGGUAGUUUUUGAUACAUUGAGGAAGUUUGAUGGUAAGGAGUUCAGACAAUUACUUGCUGGUGAGUAUACUCAGAUGGCAGGUCGUGCUGGAAGAAGAGGAUUGGACAAAAUCGGUACAGUGAUUGUAAUGUGCCGUGAUGAGAUUCCUGAAGAGAGUGAUUUGAAACGUGUCAUAGUUGGCAGUGCAACAAGACUUGAAUCCCAAUUCCGUCUUACCUAUAUCAUGAUCCUGCAUCUCAUUCGUGUUGAAGAAUUGAAGGUGGAGGACAUGUUGAAAAGAAGUUUUGCUGAAUUUCAUGCUCAGAAGAAACUUCCAGAACAGCAGCAACUUCUGAUUAGGAAGCUUGCCCUGUCAGAGAAAGUCAUUGAAUGUAUAAAAGGCGAACCAUCAAUUGAGGAAUAUUAUGAUAUGUUCUUUGAAGCCGAAGGUUAUAGUAGCCAGAUAUCUGAGGCACUCAUGCAAUCCCCACAAGCUAUGCAGUUUCUUUCAUCUGGAAGAGUUAUAGUUGUGAGAUCUCAAUCAGGCCAAGAUCAUUUGCUGGGAGUUGUUGUGAAAGCUUGUGGUGCUAAUAGUAAACGAUUCAUUGUUCUUGUUCUAACACCUGAAUCGCCUUCAAUUCCAAGUUCUUCAUCAAUUGGUGGUGAAUCCUCACUACAAAAGAAGGAUCCUGAUUUCCAGAUAUUGAUGCCAAAGUCCAAACGUGGUUUGGAUAAUGAUUAUUGUUCUUCUUUCACAUCCCGAAAGGGAACUGGUGUCAUCAAGAUAACACUUCCUCACCAAGGUAGUGCAGCUGGAGUGAAUUAUGAGGUGAAGGAAGUUGAUGGUAAAGAAAUUUUGUCAAUUUGUAAUAAAAAAAUAAAGAUAGAACAAGUUCGUCUUUUGGAAGACAUUAGCGGUGCUGCUUACUCCAAGACCGUACAACAACUGCUGGAUCUGAAAAGUGAUGGAAAUAAGUAUCCUCCUCCUCUUGAUCCAGUUACAGAUCUGAAGUUGAAAGACUGGAAUACGACAGAUGCUUAUGAUAAACGGAAAGGUGUUCUGGAAGCUUAUAACAAAUGGAACAACCUGUUGCAAGGGAUGGCAAGGAACAAGUGCCAUGGUUGUGUUAAACUGGAGGAGCACAUAAAGCUAGCUCAAGAGAUAAAGAAGCACAAAGAUGAAGUUAAUGAUCUGAAAUUCCAGAUGUCAGAUGAAGCACUGAAGCAGAUGCCCGAUUUCCAGGGACGGAUAGAUGUCCUGAAAGAAGUUGGGUGCAUAGAUGCUGAUUUAGUUGUUCAAAUAAAAGGACGUGUUGCUUGUGAAAUGAAUUCCGGGGAGGAGUUAAUAUGCACAGAGUUCUUGUUUGAUAAUCAGUUAGAUGACCUGGAACCGGAAGAGGCGGUAGCAGUAAUGUCUGCUUUUGUCUUUCAGCAGAAGAAUACUUCUGAACCUUAUCUUACUCCUAAGCUCUCUCGGGCCAUAAAAAGAUUGCAUGAUACUGCUAUAAGUCUUGGAAAACUUCAGGCACAAUGCAGAGUACAGAUUAACCCAGAGGAGUAUGUUAUGGAGAAUCUAAAGUUCGGUCUUGUUGAAGUGGUCUACGAGUGGGCAAAGGGUACACCAUUUGCCGAAAUUUGUGAGUUAACUGAUGUCCCUGAAGGGUUGAUAGUGAGGACUAUUGUGAGACUGGAUGAGACAUGCCGUGAAUUCAGGUCUGCUGCAGCUAUCAUGGGCAAUUCUGCACUGUCCAAAAAGAUGGAGGCCGCUUCAAAUGCAAUCAAGAGGGAUAUAGUUUUUGCAGCCAGCUUAUACAUCACUGGUGUCUAAAUCUUGCCCACUAGAACAGCUCCCAUGGUUUAUGUUAUACGAGAAAUGGAAGUGGCUCUGCUGUGAUUCUUGGUUGGAGCCCACACUAAUUAGGAUGAGUUAGUUCGAUUCUCUGUUUCUCAGUCGUACAUAUACAUUUGUAUUCAAAAUCAUAAGAGUAGGUGUUCAGUGGAGGCCUAGCAUUCUGUAUUUUACUGUUUUUUUUUUUUUUUUGCUUUUGUGGUGAGAAAGAACGGUGGUUUUUUUUUUUUUUUUUAUCCAUGUGGGUGGUUUCUUCACAUUGGACCAUUUUGUCCCAAUUUGUCCCUUUUACUAUUGUCAAGACUUUUAUUGUUCUUAAUCUAACUCCUAACUAGUCUAGCC